CCCAAAGUGCUGGGAUUGCAGGCAUGGGCAACUGCACCCAGCCAGGAAUUCUUAAGAACACACAUUUUUCAACAAUAUUAGAUAUAUCAAUGACCCAACUACAAUAUAAAGAAUGCAAGGCAGGGACUUGCCUGUGGGAGUCGGAGCGCGGCUCUUUGGGUUGUGAGUGCUGACGGUUCUGGCCAGUUCCCUUUUAGACUAUGGCGACAUAUCUGGAGUUUAUUCAGCAGAAUGAAGAACGGGAUGGUGUCCGCUUUAGUUGGAAUGUGUGGCCUUCCAGCCGUCUGGAAGCUACAAGAAUGGUUGUUCCCCUGGCUUGUCUCCUUACUCCUUUAAAAGAACGUCCAGACCUACCUCCUGUACAGUAUGAACCUGUGCUUUGCAGCAGACCAACUUGCAAAGCUGUUCUCAAUCCACUUUGUCAGGUUGAUUAUCGAGCAAAACUUUGGGCCUGUAAUUUCUGUUUCCAACGAAAUCAGUUUCCCCCAGCUUAUGCAGGCAUAUCUGAGGUGAAUCAGCCUGCCGAACUGAUGCCCCAGUUUUCUACAAUUGAGUACAUGAUACAGCGAGGUGCUCAGUCCCCUCUGAUAUUUCUCUAUGUGGUCGACACAUGCCUGGAGGAGGAUGACCUUCAAGCACUCAAAGAGUCCCUGCAGAUGUCCCUGAGUCUCCUUCCUCCAGAUGCUCUGGUGGGUCUUAUCACAUUUGGGAGGAUGGUGCAGGUUCAUGAACUAAGCUGCGAAGGAAUCUCCAAAAGUUAUGUCUUCCGAGGGACCAAGGAUUUAACUGCAAAGCAAAUACAGGAUAUGUUGGGUCUGAGCAAGCCAGCCAUGCCCAUGCAACAAGCCAGACCUCCUCAACCACAGGAGCACCCUUUUGUUUCCAGCAGAUUUCUGCAGCCCAUUCACAAGAUUGAUAUGAACCUCACUGAUCUUCUUGGGGAGCUGCAGAGGGACCCAUGGCCAGUAACUCAGGGGAAGAGACCUUUGCGAUCCACUGGUGUUGCUUUAUCCAUUGCUGUUGGCUUGUUGGAGGGCACUUUUCCAAAUACGGGAGCCAGGAUCAUGCUGUUUACUGGAGGUCCCCCUACCCAAGGGCCUGGCAUGGUGGUUGGAGAUGAAUUAAAGAUUCCUAUUCGUUCCUGGCAUGAUAUUGAGAAAGAUAAUGCACGUUUCAUGAAAAAGGCAAUUAAGCACUAUGAGAUGCUUGCUAAUCGAACUGCUACAAAUGGUCACUGCAUUGAUAUUUAUGCUUGUGCCCUUGACCAAACUGGACUUUUGGAGAUGAAGUGUUGUGCAAAUCUUACUGGAGGCCACAUGGUAAUGGGAGAUUCUUUCAACACUUCUCUCUUCAAGCAGACAUUCCAAAGGAUUUUUAGUAAAGAUUUUAAUGGAGAUUUUCGAAUGGCUUUUGGUGCUACUUUGGAAGUAAAGACCUCUCGGGAACUGAAGAUUGCGGGAGCCAUUGGUCCAUGUGUAUCUCUGAAUGUGAAAGGACCAUGUGUGUCAGAAAAUGAACUUGGUGUUGGUGGCACAAGUCAGUGGAAAAUCUGUGGCCUGGAUCCCACAUCUACACUUGGCAUUUACUUUGAAGUAGUCAAUCAGCACAACGCUCCGAUCCCCCAAGGAGGCAGAGGUGCCAUCCAGUUUGUCACACAGUAUCAACACUCCAGCACCCAGAGACGCAUCCGUGUGACCACCAUUGCCCGAAAUUGGGCAGAUGCGCAGAGUCAGCUCAGGCACAUAGAAGCAGCAUUUGACCAGGAAGCUGCAGCGGUCUUGAUGGCACGGCUGGGAGUAUUCCGAGCGGAGUCAGAAGAGGGGCCCGACGUGCUCCGGUGGCUGGACCGACAACUCAUCCGACUGUGUCAGAAGUUUGGACAGUAUAACAAAGAAGACCCCACUUCUUUUAGGUUAUCAGAUUCCUUUUCUCUAUAUCCUCAGUUCAUGUUCCAUCUUAGAAGAUCUCCGUUUCUGCAAGUGUUUAACAACAGCCCUGACGAGUCGUCCUAUUACAGACAUCAUUUUGCCCGGCAAGAUCUGACCCAGUCCCUCAUCAUGAUCCAGCCCAUUCUCUACUCCUAUUCCUUCCAGGGGCCUCCAGAGCCGGUACUCUUGGACAGCAGCAGCAUUCUAACUGACAGAAUUUUGCUGAUGGAUACUUUCUUCCAGAUUGUCAUUUAUCUUGGUGAGACCAUAGCCCAGUGGCGUAAAGCUGGGUACCAGGACAUGCCCGAGUACAAAAACUUCAAGCACCUUCUGCAGGCACCACUGGAUGAUGCUCAAGAAAUUCUACAGGCGCGGUUCCCGAUGCCACGUUACAUUAACACAGAGCAUGGUGGCAGUCAGGCUCGAUUCCUUUUGUCCAAAGUGAACCCAUCUCAGACACACAAUAACCUGUAUGCUUGGGGACAGGAAACUGGAGCGCCCAUCCUAACUGAUGAUGUUAGUCUGCAGGUGUUCAUGGAUCAUUUGAAGAAGCUGGCUGUCUCCAGUGCCUGUUAACACGAGCAUGUGACCAGGAAAUUGAAGAAAACACUGUGUUCACAAUUGUUUAUAAAGGCUUAAUAACAUUCCUUUUA